AUGAAAACUAAAGCUAAUCCCAAAGAUAUACCCACAAUAGAUGAUUUACACAGUUUUCCAAAUCGUCGACCGUUGUUCCUCCUGGAUUCACCAACGGGAAGCAACGAAAGGCAUAAUGCCACCGCAUCCACCUCCACAUCCUCAUCAAAGGGAAAGUUAUUACUGUGGUCCUCAGUAUUGCGCGUUAUACAACUGAAUUGGAAAAUUUUGUUGUCUGCCUUGGCAGUGACACUGCUGGCCAUCAUUUGGUAUUAUCCAAUUUUCUUUCUCUUCAUUCUGUUUGUGUUGUAUUCGUUGCUAUUGGUUGUUGCCGCUGUGGCCGGCACCGUUUACAUCCAUUACUUAUUUACAACCAAAGAGCCGCCAAAACCCAAUCGUGAACCCUUAAAUGUUCUCUACAAUGCCACCCAAAAUAGUCUCUUCGACUUACCCAAACCCAUUAAGAAUGCCUCGAAUUUACCACUGAUCUUUGGUAAAACUGUGGAUUUACAAAUACAACAAAUUAUCGAAUAUGUUCUUAGAGAUUUUAUGACACCAUGGCUGGGGUAUGUGGUAACAAAACCGAAAUUAAUGAAUGACAUCGUACGUGAAGAUCUCUGGAAUGCCAUACAAAAAAUGCAUGAACGUGCCAAGAAGAUGGAUGCACCCAAAAUAAUAGCCGUUGAUAUGGUGAAUAGGGUUACGGUGCAUUUGGAAAAGAUACGAAUAUCAGAGGCAAGAGCAGCCGAAAUGAAUGUGGCCCCUGUAUUUUCGACAAAUUCCUAUUUGGUCACCGAAGAAAAAGAAUUGGAAUUCUUGAGAAAAUUAUGUGAAAUUAUGGUUAUACUUCUGCUACCGCGUGGCUAUUCCCUACCACCACUAAAGGUGCUGCUAAGUGAAAUACUCUCGUACAAAAUAUUCUUUCCCAUGAUUAAAAUGUUAACCUCACCGGAUUAUAUCAAUCAGAAAAUUGUACAAAACAUUGAAGGACGUUUAGCGGCAGCUGCGAUUAGCAAGCGAUCAUAUGAAUAUGCAGCAAGUUUUGAAGAUUUCCUGAAAAUUAUCAACAACUGCGGCAACCUGGAAGAGUUGUCACUGAUACGUAAAAGUAUUGUCAACGAUUUGAUGCAUGCAACAACAGUACAAAAUCUCCAACGUGCCAAAGGUAUUGAUCCCGAUAACGACCCGGAUCAUAAUCUAUCGAAAUCGGAAAUAUCGGCAGCGGUGCGUUUGAAACGUUAUGUACAACAGCUGACCUAUGCCAAGAAUAUGUGUGAAAAGAAUUUGGAGAAAUUCGGUUGGAAUGGCAACUAUUCAAGUGAUUUGGAUCUGUCACUGGUGGAGAUAUUGAAUACGGCAAUUGGUAGGAGAUAUUUUACCAUUUUCCUGGAACCCCUGAAGGCAAGUGCUUUGGUUGGCUUCUAUAUGGCUGUAGAGGAAAUGAAACAUGCACCGAAAAAUGCCGCCCAUCAGCUGGGUACGGAAAUCUUCUAUACGUAUAUCAGGGUGCCAAAAUCCGAGCUACAAUUUGAUAAACAUGAACGGAAAUUAAUUGAAACAUUUCUACUGGGCGAUUCAGGCCCGGAAAUAUUUUAUGAUUUACAAAAACAAGUGCUAAAAACCCUCGAAGAGAAAUACUAUCCUCCCUUUGUGUUGAGCGAUCAAUAUCGUCUGCUGAAAGAAGCUUUAGAUUCGGAGGACUAUAAAGAUCCCACCUUAAUAGUUGGUGCCCUUAGUGAUAAUCAUGAGGAGGCAUCAACCAGCCUCGAUGGCCUGGAGACAAAUAAUUCCGGUACCAUAGAUGUGGCGGCUCAUACCUCAUAUGCUCGCAAAAAGCUCGAACAAAUUCAGGAGAGAAUAGAUAAGAAAAAUCAAGCCCUAGAUGCAUUAAAAUACUCAGUGAAACCUGAUUCCAAAGUUCUUCAAAUUUUGGAAAAAGAAAUGGAAUGGUUGAAAAAUAUUAAACGGCAGACAGAGGCACAUUUGCGGCGUACCGAUGCAUGGACGGAACAUUUGGGUCGUUGGAAGGCUACACUGCAAAGUGUGGAGAUAUCCGAUGAAAAAGAAUCCCUGCAAUUUAUGAUUUUAGUUCAUGUCGAUGAGGACAUAAAUACUCCCAGUGCAUUGAAACAAUCAGCUACGGGUAAAGUUGAGGCCCGUCCCGGCAGCAUAUCAAGUGGCUGGGUGGUAAUGAGAUCACUAAAUCAAGUUCAUGAACUGCAAAGAAAGCUGCGACAUGUCAGUGCCAAUCUCAAAUCAUUUGAUUUACCAACAAAUUUUAAGUUUUUCUUUUUGAAAAACGAUAAACAUGCCCUGGAAAAGGCCAAACAACAAAUACAACGGUUUAUUAAUAUGAUUUUAGAAGAUGACCACUUAAAUGGCAGUGAAGCAAUUUAUACCUUCCUCAGUCCAAGUUCUGAUCAUUUAAAACAAUCGUUACCCUCACCAAAGAAAUCGAAAUUUUCUCUGUCGACAUUAUUUAAAACUGAGACAGUUAAAAGUUCCGACGCCUCAUUGAAAUCACUAUCAACAGAUCCAUUUUGGGGUUUACAGCGAGAUGAUGAAGACAUAUCUACCUAUUUGGAGGGUGUGCCGGCCGGUGAUAAUAAAUUACUAGCCGAUUUGGAUAGUAAAGAUUCAAUAGCGGAACCUUUGUAUGCCCUAAUGGGUGAGAUAUUCGAUAUGGGUGGUGUUUUCAAGUGGUUGCGUAAAAGUCUUAUAUCGUUUGUACAAAUUACCUAUGGUAGAACUAUUAAUAGACAAAUUCGUGAAUCGGUAUCAUAUUUAUUUGAGGAAUCAAUGCUGCACUAUUAUUUCUCAGCGAUAUUGAAAUCAUUUUGGCCCGGUGGCGUAUUAGCAUCGGCAUAUCCCGUUCGUUCGGAUGACAUGAAAGAGAUGACAACAAAUGCAGCUAAAGCCUUACUUAUGGAUAACAUACCCGAGGUCUUGUGUAAUUUAGUCGGAGCCCAAGCUGCUAAACGUGGUGUUUUGAAAGUGUUCGAUGCCCUGCAGAAUCCUGUCUAUAAUAAACAAUUGUUUUAUGAACUUUUGGAAAUCCUUAUGAUGGAAUUCUUUCCCGAAAUUAAACAACUGAAAAUACACACACCUACAACAACAACUCUACACUCAAAUCAACAACAUUCCACGGCGACUGGUAAUAGCAGUGGUGGCGGUAGUGGUGGUAUUGGCAACAGCAGCAGUGGUGGCAUUAGUAACACCUCCAAUAAAUCUCACAAUAAUAACCAAAGUGAUAAAUAUCACCAACAUCAGCAGCAACACCAACAACAUUAUGCUGAUAAACACCAAACCCACCAUGGCAGUGACAAACAUUCAAACAAUCAUCAUACCCACCAUCUUACAGGAAAAUCUCAUAUACUUAAAUUAUUAAAGUCUCCAACGUCUGCUGCCACUCCUCCGGCAUGGCUGUUGGUUUUACAGGGACUCGGGUUUGCUGGUUCUGGCGAUGCAGAUUCGGUUCCGGUCUUUGCCGCUGUUUCCGCUAUAAGUCCUGGCGCUGUCCAAGGUUUCAACACCUAU